AGAACGCUUAAUCUGACACUCGUAGGGCGCAGAGUGGUGAAGAGCAGCAGUAUAAAGAGGUCAGGAUGUUGCUGCGAUCGCGUCUCCUGCCCUGGCGAGGUAGGAGUCAACUCAUAUCUGCCGCCGCAGCAAUGUCGUUCCCAUUCCCCGCUCCACGCUCUCCCACUUCUCUUCGAUCACUACCACGCAACAAUAUGUCUACAGCAUUGAACACGGACAAAAUCGAGAGCGAAGCUCACCACCUGUCCAAUGGCUCCAAUGGUGCUCACGUCCCGGUCAACAAUUGGGCUGCUCCAGGACCAACAGCAUUCGACUUUCGAAGCGACACCAUAACGACACCCACCACCCGUAUGCUCGAAGCAAUCUCCGCCACCACCCUCUUCGACGAUGUCUUCCAAGAAGAUCCAACCACCAACUCCCUCGAAGCCUUCAUAGCCGACCUCACAGGCAAAGACUCCGGCCUGAUGGUCAUGAGCGGCACCAUGGGCAACCAGAUCGCCAUCCGGACCCACCUCGGCGGUCCACCGCACAGUGUCGCCGCCGACGCCCGAUCACACAUCAUCGAGUGGGAAGCAGGCGGCGUGGCGUCGUUGUGUGGAGCUAUGUUGAAACCUGCCACGCCGAGUAAUGGAAAAUAUGUCACACUGGAGGAUCUGAAAAAAGUGGUGGACCUGCGGGAGGAUGUGCAUGGAUGUCCGACGAAGUUGAUUAGCUUGGAGAAUACCAUUGCGGGCGUGGUGGUGCCACUGGAGGAGUGCCAGAGGAUCUCGGCGUGGGCGAAGGAGAAGGGUUUGAUCAUGCACCUGGACGGCGCGAGGAUAUGGGAGGCUGUCGCGGCUGGUGCGGCGUCGUUGAAGGACUACUGUGCUUGCUUUGACAGCAUUUCGCUGUGCUUCUCCAAGGGACUAGGAGCACCGAUUGGGAGCAUCAUUGUCGGGACGAAAGCGUUCACCGCAAGGUCGAGAUGGGUGAGGAAGUCUAUUGGAGGUGGCAUCAGACAAGCUGGCGUGAUCACCGCUGCGGCCAGAGUGGCUGUGGAAGAUACGUUCCUCGGAGGAAAGCUACAAGCCUGCCAUGCACGUGCGAAACAAAUCGGCGAGCUGUGGGAGAGCUACGGCGGCAAGACGACGAACCCAGUCGAGACGAACAUGGUGUGGCUUGACCUCGAAGCGGCAGGUGUGACGGCGGAUCAGUUCGUCGAGAUGGGUCAAAAGGCUGGUCUGCGAUUGCUGGGUGGACGUCUAGUUGUGCACUACCAGAUCAGCGAUGAAGCUGUGAAGAGGCUGGAUACACUCUUCCAGGCUGUGUUGAAGGGCAAGGCGUUGGAUGGCGAUGUCAGUCUGGACACAGAGAGACUCAAAAAGUCGGCGCCGCUGUACGGCUGA